AUGCACAAGCAACGGGCGCCCUUUGCAUUCCGCAGCACAAGCAGCACCACAAGCUCAUUCAUCCUUGUAUGCGCGCCUCAUACCGUCCACACACAAUCAGGCAUACGCAGGCAACCAACGCAGAAAGUGACCGGCAACUGCAGCGAUGGAGACCCGGUCAGCCAGAAAGCCUCCGGAGGCCGCUCUGCAAGUACGAGUGCUCAUACUGUGACUGUGAGACUGCUGGCGUCUGCAUUCUUCCCUCGGCCCCUGCAUAACACUCAGGUUUCAAGAUUCCCAAAUGCCCACUUUAACAUGCAUCCAGCAAGAGAGCAAAAACGCCGGGCGACAUGGUGCGAAAAAAGGGGGGGGAAUGCCGUGCAAUACGAGUUUAAUCUAUUUUCCAAGUAUGACCAGUGUACAAAUUCCUGUUCCCGCAAGGAUCACAAACCACGCGAGCGCUCCAAUCCGGAAGGCAAACGCAGCAAAGGUCGGCUGUGCUGGCGCCCCGGCUGCUGCUCCACAACAAACAAAAAAAGGAGAAGCUGUGGGAAAAGAAGAUUUCCUUUUGGCCAGCGCUCGAUGACUCGUAUACCGGCCGGCCAGGGCAGGUUGAUUACUUUGAGCGCCGGCGACGAGAAGCGAGCGGUGAAGAUGGCUCGCGUCGCCAAAGAACUGCGUCUAGAAGGUCGACAGGUCAUUCAAUCAAACAGUCGUUCAGCUCGGCUGGGCGCACACGCACACAUGGGUUCAGGUCUAGGCUCAGUCAGGUUCAUGUACAGGGACAGACACUGUGCUCAUACCGUGUGCGGAGUUCGGCAUGCCCUCCCACAUGGAGUCUCAACCAUCUCGUGUCUCGGCGCCGCGCGGAAUUCGUCCCAGAUCGAUGAUCGCACACCUCUCGUGCAUAACGCUGCCGUCUCACCACCCAUUUCACCCACCUAA